UGUGAGAACCUGAGGUCCCAGAUGGAUUUCUAGGGCCCCCCAAUUUAAGGGGAAGUUUUGGAGAAAUUGCUGCGCCCCGACAGAAAAAACUGGAGACCAGUUACAUCAGGCCAGGCCGGCAACUGAAGCAGAGAGAAACACGGAGACUCCAGGGAGAGACGGCAGGAAUGGGGCUGAGCAAUCCAAGGGAAUGGUCCUCCAAAAUCCUAGACACACAUCUCCCCCAACCACCACCACCCCCAUCUCUGACCUGCUCUGCUUCAUCCUAAGAGCAGCUUUUUGAGAUGUAGACUGGACGACAAGGAACGUUUUUCAUUCAACAAAUGCUCAACCAAGAUCACUCCAUGGAUGAAAUGACAGCCGUGGUGAAGAUUGAAAAAGGAGUUGGUGGCAAUAAUGGGGGCAAUGGUAAUGGUGGUGGUGCCUUUUCUCAGGCGCGAAGCAGCAGCACAGGCAGUAGUAGCAGCAGUGGAGGAGGAGGAGGACAGGAAUCCCAGCCAUCCCCUUUGGCUCUGCUGGCAGCAACUUGCAGCAGAAUUGAGUCACCCAAUGAAAACAGCAACAACUCCCAGGGCCCAAGCCAGUCAGGGGGCACAGGUGAGCUUGACCUCACAGCUACACAACUUUCACAGGGUGCCAAUGGCUGGCAGAUCAUCUCUUCCUCCUCUGGGGCUACCCCUACCUCAAAGGAACAGAGCGGCAGCAGUACCAAUGGCAGCAAUGGCAGUGAGUCUUCCAAGAAUCGCACGGUUUCCGGUGGGCAAUAUGUUGUGGCUGCCACCUCCAACUUACAGAACCAGCAAGUCCUGACAGGACUACCUGGAGUGAUGUCUAAUAUUCAGUAUCAAGUAAUCCCACAGUUCCAGACCGUUGAUGGGCAACAGCUGCAGUUUGCUGCCUCUGGGGCCCAAGUGCAGCAGGAUGGUUCUGGUCAAAUACAGAUCAUACCAGGUGCAAACCAACAGAUCAUCACAAAUCGAGGGAGUGGAGGCAACAUCAUUGCUGCUAUGCCAAACUUGCUGCAGCAGGCUGUCCCCCUCCAAGGCCUGGCUAAUAAUGUGCUCUCAGGACAGACUCAGUAUGUGACCAAUGUACCAGUGGCCCUGAAUGGGAAUAUCACCUUGCUACCUGUUAACAGCGUUUCUGCAGCUACCUUGACUCCUAGCUCCCAAGCAGUCACCAUCAGCAGCUCUGGAUCCCAGGAGAGCGGUUCACAGCCAGUCACCUCAGGGACAGGGACUGCCAUCAGUUCUGCCAGUUUGGUAUCAUCACAAGCCAGUUCUAGCUCUUUUUUCACCAAUGCCAAUAGCUACUCAACAACUACUACCACCAGCAACAUGGGAAUUAUGAACUUUACCACCAGCGGAUCAACAGGGACCAACUCUCAAGGCCAGACACCCCAGAGGGUCAGUGGGUUACAGGGGUCUGAGGCUCUGAACAUCCAGCAGAACCAGGCAUCUGGAGGCACACUGCAGGCAAGUCAGCAAAAAGAGGGAGAGCAAAACCAGCAGACACAGCAACAACAGAUUCUCAUCCAGCCUCAACUGGUUCAAGGGGGACAAGCCCUCCAGGCCCUUCAGGCAGCACCGUUGUCAGGGCAGACCUUUACAACUCAAGCGAUCUCCCAGGAGCCCCUCCAGAACCUCCAGCUUCAGGCUGUUUCAAACUCUGGCCCCAUCAUCAUCCGGACACCAACUGUGGGGCCCAAUGGACAGGUCAGUUGGCAGACUCUUCAGCUGCAGAACCUCCAAGUUCAGAACCCACAGGCCCAGACAAUCACCUUGGCCCCAUUGCAGGGUGUUUCGUUGGGGCAGACCAGUAGCAGCAAUACCACCCUUACACCUAUUGCCUCAGCUGCCUCCAUCCCUGCUGGCACAGUCACUGUGAAUGCUGCUCAACUCUCCUCCAUGCCUGGCCUCCAGACCAUUAACCUCAGCGCGUUGGGUGCUUCAGGAAUCCAGGUGCACCAGCUUCCAAGCCUGCCAUUGGCUAUAGCAAAUGCCCCAGGUGAUCAUGGAGCUCAGCUUGGCAUCCAUGGGCCUGGUGGUGAUGGAAUACAUGACGACACAGCAGGUGGAGAGGAAGGAGAGAACAGCCCAGACCCUCAACCCCAAGCUGGUCGGAGAAACCGGCGAGAAGCAUGCACCUGCCCUUAUUGUAAGGACAGUGAAGGAAGGGGCUCUGGGGAUCCUGGUAAAAAGAAACAGCACAUCUGUCACAUCCAAGGCUGUGGCAAAGUAUAUGGCAAGACCUCACACUUACGGGCACACUUGCGCUGGCAUACAGGCGAGAGACCAUUUAUGUGUACUUGGUCAUAUUGUGGGAAACGUUUCACACGUUCGGAUGAGCUACAGAGGCACAAACGCACACACACAGGUGAGAAGAAAUUUGCCUGCCCUGAGUGUCCCAAGCGCUUCAUGAGGAGUGAUCACCUGUCAAAGCAUAUCAAGACCCAUCAGAAUAAGAAGGGAGGCCCAGGUGUAGCCCUGAGUGUGGGCACUUUGCCCCUGGACAGUGGGGCAGGUUCAGAAGGCAGCGGCACUGCCACCCCUUCAGCUCUGAUUACCACCAAUAUGGUAGCAAUGGAGGCCAUCUGUCCAGAGGGUAUUGCCCGUCUUGCCAACAGUGGCAUCAACGUCAUGCAGGUGGCGGAUCUGCAGUCCAUUAAUAUCAGUGGCAAUGGCUUCUGAAGUCAGGCACCCAGGGCCAGAGACAUAUGGGCCAUACCCAUCACCCCUGGGAUGCAAAGUAGCAUGGGUCCAAGAGACAUGUGGGAGAGAGAGCCAUGAGGCAUUAAAAUGCAUGGUGGUGGGAAUUGUUGGGGGGAGGAUACAAGAGAAGAGAUGGGGUCCUGGCACUCACCUAUAUAUCAUCAGUACUACCUUGAAGUGGGAAACAUUAGUGACAAUUCUGUUGGUGCCACUCUUUGAGCAUUUGUUUGACCCCCCCAAACAGUUUCUUCUUACACUUCUUGUCUCAGCUUCUCCUUCCUGCAUUUCCCUUCUCAGCUCCCCCAUGAUGGAUCCUCCCCCUUUUCCUAAAGCCAUCAUGCCUUGAUAAAUAUAUAUGAUCAUUGAAAUACUUUUUAACAAAAAACAGAUUCUAUAUUAUAUAUAUAUAAAUAUAUAUAUAUAAAAGAUAUAUAGAGAUGCAUUCACCAGGGGUUGACUGGGAGGAGGAAAGAGACCAUUCUGUGACCAAAAAACCUUGGUCAUUUUUUAUAUUGCCUUAUUUCCCCAUGGCUGAGCCUUGUUGUAACACAUCAAGCUUUUCCAUAGAUGUUGUCUUGGCUUCCCACCAGAUUAAGCAUUCAUAUGCUUUGCUUUUAGUUUAUAUAUACAUGCAUAAUGGUUUUCCUCUUAAUUUUGUCUUUAUUUGGGAUCAGCUUCUUGCACUCCUUUCCUGACUCAACCCUUUUUUGUCUCCUCUCACCUGAUCACUUUAUGUUCUGUUUUUGGUAGUGAUCCCUGGAUGAGGCACUUCUGUCACUCUCUUUUGAAGUCUUUCGUCCCAGUAGCAGAAUGGAAAAAGCUUUGAGACCCAAGCUGAUGCUCGGGGUAGCUGUGGAGAGAGUGUUCAAAAUACUACUGACGCAGGCACCCUCUUGGCGCUGGAGAGUCUUUUCAUUAGCUGCUCUAAGCAUCAAAAAUCAGAAAUCUUUCUAUGGAAUUGUAUGAGAGACCCUUUGAAGAUUAUAAUCUGGACUAAACUGUCAAAAGAUGGUCAAAUAAUAGGUCGGGGUUAUCAGUAGGAAAACAAUGUGCUCAGAAGCAGAAGUGACUCUUAGUAGUCCGGUUCAGGAGUCAGUGGAAUAUUUGGAUUUUUUGCACAACAUCUUCCUAGGUAGCUCUAAGCUCUGAUGUGUGGGCUUCUGAGUUCACAGUCUGAAAGGAAAUAUAUUACCUCUUUUGAAUAUCCCAGUAGUUUCUUUCCCAUUAUGUUCUUAAGGAGCAUCAGCCAAUGAAUCUGUUCGGGGUUUCCAUUCUGCAGAACUCCAGAGCACCUGCUAGUGGCAAGGCAGUGGUUCUUUGAGCUUUUCCCUUAACUCUUCUUUGGGUGGAUUCUAAGGGAAAAGAAAGCACACAAUCAUGGGAAUAAUAGCCCAGAACAAGCAGAAAUCUUGUCUUACCACUGUGGUUUAUAGGAGAGAUCAGGAGAAAACGUUCUACUUUCUCCAUGGCCUGAUUCCUGAAGAGACUGUUCCAAAAAUUAUAGCGGCAGGGAACUCUUAGUGCAUUUGGCACCGAGAUUUAAAUACAACCAGAGUUGUCCUCAAGGCCCAGCCAUUAAAAUAUUGACUCUCUUGACCUGAUAUCUUGUCAGAGAGCUUUUCACUGUGAGGAAGUGUGGGUGUAUGUAAUCUGUUAGGUUGGGGAUAGGUUUUUCUGUUAGCCAAUACUAAAGGAGACCUGCAAUAAAAAAUUACCCUGAUCUGAUAGAAAGUGAAGUGUUUAUGUAUGACUGUGUGUGUGUGUUUGUGCCUGUAUAUACUUACACACAGAUGAGAAAUUAUAUUUGAAAUUGUUAGAGAAUAAAUCAGAUCAAAAUGCCUUUCAGGCCCGUUACCUAGAAAAAUACCUUGAAACCUGGGUGUGUUUCUGAGGUCAUUUCUUUGCCUCUGCUAAAAUUAAUUACAAUUAUGAAUGGGGGGAUAUUCUACACCUUUAAAAGAAGAAACUAUUUUUGUGUUUGAACAUGAAACCAUUAUCCAGCUCUAUAGCGGGGUCCUAUUUCCUUUCUUAUGUCUUUUUUAUCGUGACUACAAAUAGAUGAUGCUAUGAUUCUGUAUAUUUUAUAUAAAAUCUGUCCAAAUUAGGGUUUAGGUGAGUUUGUGUUGUUACUUAACCUGAAAUAUAGUAACUGUUCAUAUUCUAAAUAGUGGUUCACUCUCUUUGGUCCUUUCUCUGCAGACGUAUUACUGUUUUUAAUGCUCAGGAACUAUUGCAAAGAAUUUUCCCCAGAUCAAAUUUUGUUAAUAUUGAAGUGAGAGUCAUCCAUGUCCAGCCACUGACCACAGCCUUUAGUCCCACUGAAGGGCAGAACUCAAAACUUGCUACUUUAUGUCCAUAAUCAUGUACAUAGGCAUCUUUUGGAGGAAAGGGACACAAUAACUCACUGAAGUGUGCAGUAUUUGGCUAGAACAUUUCAAGGAAUGGAAUCUUCUCCAAUAUGAAAUCAUUAGAUACAAACUACCUUGAUGCUGAGGACUAGAGGCUUUUAGGUGAUUUGAUGCUGUUUCUCUGGGAUGGAUACUAGUUUACCCUGAACUCCCUUCAUUAAUGCAUUACUAUGAGUGAAUUUUUAUCCAGUCCUUUCCAUUUGUCCUAUAUCUUUCUCAUUGUUGAAACUUCAAAUCCAGUAUCUUGUUUGACCCCCAAACUGAGCAACUGCUGCUUUUGUCUCCAAACAGCAGUAUGCCACUCCAGUCUUCUUCACAGGAAAGUAGGAGCCUACAUUCCUUGAGUCAGGAGCUUAUGGCUGAAAAUCCCUUUCCCUGAACUUUGGGCCAGCAGAAAUUAAUGUAACUGACAGGCAUAUUGAUCUAACAUUAUUUUCAUGAGUUGCUUUUUUAUUUAAUUAAAAAAAUUUUUCUUUAAACCUUGCAAGGCAGGGAAUGCCCAGAGAAAUGGUAAUAGUAAAGCACUCAUUCCCUGUACUUUUAGGUUGCCCCUUCACUUUCGUCUGUUUGUCAUUUGACUGUCUCACUUUUCACCCAGAGCAAUAACAACCCAUGCCAUCUUCCUUCAGGGACUUCCCAGCUGGCGCUCUCCUUGUGGGUGCCAUACCGAAAACAAAUUAAUAGAUAUUUCUCAGCUUGGUUCAGAAUAAUUAGAACCCUUGAUCCCAAAAAACUAUAGAUUGAAAUGUGGGAUAAAGAUUAUGAUUGGGGGAGGGUUAGAGACAAAAGCUGUAAAUUACUAUGGCUGAUUGAUUUAUUUCUACUAUAUACAUAUAUAUAUAUUUUUUGCUUUUGUAUAUCCUAUAUAGGAAACUAAGCAUUGUAUUUUUUUAACAAAUCUGAGAAAGCACUAUGAACUGCAGAUAUUUGACUUUCAGAAUAUAUUUUGUAUUGUUAAUAGCUUCACUUUGUGUGAAUACUGGAAGCUGCAGAUCUUUGCUAGAAUGCGGUAAAUUUAUACUCUUUUUGAGGGGUUCUGGGGUAUUAAUCAGGCCCCUGUUAUGCUUUGGGGAAGCCCUGGUGCUACUUACUUUCAUUCAAUUGUAAAUACCCUGAUGCCUUUUGGACCUUGGAAUCAGAUCAAAUGAGUUCUGGAGAUCCAGGUACCAAGGAAAUGAUAGUCUAGCUGCCUCCAGUGAGUAGCCACCUGAGUAGCUCUCCUGCCCCCCCUGCACCCCCCCCCCCAUUCAAAGUUGGGUAGCCUCUUGGGAUUGGGAGGAGAAAUGUGAAAUCUCAGAGUUUCAUCUCCCUUAGAAGAGAGCCAGUAACUUUUGUGCUAGGAUGAAAGGUGGCAGCAGUAGUUCUGGUAAAGGGAGGCGGAUAUGGCACUUCUCCAAGCCCGGAAAACAGUGCUUUUGAAAACUGCUGAUAAAAUAUGGGCAGGUUAUUACUUUUUGUUGGGAGCCUGUGCUCUCUCCGGUGCCUCUCUUGGCCCUGCUCCUAGGGUACAGACCUAGGAGAGUGAGCAGACCAGCUUUGAGGUUGACUUGUUUUUCUUUGUCUGCCUUCCCUAAACACCAUCCCCCAGGAGGACAUUAAGCAGCUUUAAGAUUAAAUUCCUACUCCCUCUUCCAGAUUUGGCUCACUUGCCUUAGAUUGAAGGCUGGUAAAGGAUAAAAGGGGAAUCCUGUACUUCAUUCCUCCCCCUGGGUCUUCUCCAGUCUGACUUCCCCAGACCCAAAAAGAUUUCCUCCACGACUUUCAUUUGACAGAAAUCAGUAUGUUUUCCCCUUUCCUCGUUAUCAAACAACCCCCGCCAGCCUCAUCUCUGCUAAGCCAGAAGAGGGCCUUCAGUUACCUUUAGUAACAGAAAAAUACGUAACAAACGGGGUUAAACUGAGGCUGCAGGUAAGACUUUGUAGAUACCUCUCCUGGGGUGGGGGGCAGGGGUGUCCCUCUUUCUUCAGGAAUUAUACUGUGCCUUCUCUGCAGGGAAUGGGCUUGUCUACCCAGCCCUCUACUUUCCCAGCAACUGCUCUUAGACAGUAUAGACAAGGGCAGGUCUUCAUAUUUCUGAUCACCCCUCUCUCCCGGCAGCAUCCCAUAGCCCUCAUCUUGGUCUGGGCACAAAGACUUCAGGUAAAGAUGGGGGAAUUAUGCUGAGAUUGACCUGAGGAGACCCCUUCCAUGCACAUCAAUGGCAGCUGCCCCAGGGCCUGCUUCCUCUUCCCCAGCAGUCAUCUUCUGAGGGGGAGGCGCAGAGCUCCACUCUGGUGCCUAAAACAAGUUUAUUUCUCAGCUGGCAAUAACCAGUCUCCUUACCACUGAUGCCUUUUUAAAUUUCUUAAUAAUCCCAUGCUGUGCUACACAUUGUUGGUACCAAUCGGAUUAUCACCAGGGCUAUGUGGGGGAUACUUUCACGCUUUCUCAUCUUUCUUGCUCCCCCACCCCCUUGAUCUUGUGUAUGUAUGAUGCUAAUCUGCCUUGAAGUCACUCAUUACCAAUUACCUUCCUUUCUUGUCUCCCCAUACCUUUUGUCUCUGGUGUUUUGGGGCUUUUUUUUUUUUUUGGCCUUUUUGUACAAAGAUUAGUUUCAAUGUAGUCUGUAGCUCCUUUGUAAACCAAUUAAAAAAGUUUUUUUUAAUAAAAUGC